GACCGUCACAAUAUGUCCGAACCCGCCGCUACCCGCCAGACUAUGAUGUGAAUGUGCGGUGAAACAAGGGCUUCUCACAUCUUCUGCGCCGCUAGUAGGUGUGAGGUCCGCCGCUGGACUGAUACUACUAUAUAUAAAAGUGACGGCCAUGUCCAUGUUUGAAGUCCAUCACAGACUUCCCAUCUUCCAUCCUAACUAAACAUCAAUUGAACUCUCCACAAGACUUCUUAUUACUUUACAAUGGCGCACCAGAACCGUCUCGCAAAUGCCCACGUCCUUGUCUUUGGCGGCACUUCCGGGAUCGGAUAUGCCGUUGCCAACAUGGCCCUCUCAAAUGGUGCAUUUGUGACCAUAUCUGGGUCUACCCAAGCGAAGGUCGAUACCAGAGUCGAAAUGCUGCGAUCCCUGUACCCGGACUACCCAGCCUCUAACGUAGCAGGCUUCGCCGUUGACCUUCUCGACAAAGAGAACCUGGAAUCCAAUCUGAAGGCUAUGCUCGAUAAGGCGACCCAGGGCAGCAAGAAGAAGAUCGAUCAUAUCGCGUUCCUAGCAGGCGAUUCGGUUCAACGGCCCAAGAUUGCGGAAAUAGAUGUCAACACGCUGAUGAACGGUUGGACAGUCCGCUUUGUCGCUGCUUGUGUGCUGGCCAAACUCAUUGAGACUGGUGAUUACAUGCACAAGUCUUCCAACAGCUCCAUCACAAUCACAGGAGGUACAACUACGCACCGUCCAAUGCCUGACUGGACCAUAACCGCAGCACUUGGUGCAACGCUUGAAGGCCUGGCUCGCGGUCUUGCGGUAGACCUUAAUCCCAUCCGCACGAACAUCGUCAAUGCCGGCGCAAUCCAUACGGAACUAUUACAAAAACUGAUAGACAGUUCUUCUCCCGAAGCCAUCGAGAAGUUCAAGAGAGGAGCUAGUCUGCUGAGAGAGUUUGGAAAACCAGAAGAUAUCGCAGAGGCGUAUGGUUGGGUCAUGAAAGACAGAUUCGCGAACGGGACAGUGGUAAACAGUGACGGCGGACGUAUGCUGGUUGGUCCAGAGUGAGAAGUGCCGAGAUUGGACUACUGCAAUACAGACACGUAGCAUCAUGUCUCCUUCGGAGACGCCAUUUAUUAUCAACUGCACCA